GCCUACAAAGAGACCCCUUUCUACCAGCUCAGUCAUGUCAAGCCCUAUAAUCUCGAUAUCCCAAUAACGCCUGCUGCGGUGACUUACCCAAUGACGGUCGACCAUGUCGCUGCGAUUGUCAAGUGUGCUGCGGACAAUAACCUCAAAGUCCAGGCCCGCUGUGGAGGUCAUUCAUACGCGAAUUAUGGUAUUGGCGGCCAAGACCAAGCCAUCGUCGUCGACCUCAAGAAUUUCCAGCAAUUCUCCAUGGACAAGUCAACUUGGCAGGCGACGAUUGGUGGGGGAACGUUACUCGGGGAUGUGACCAAGCGACUUCACGAUAAUGGUGGUCGUGCAAUGGCACACGGAACCUGUCCACAAGUUGGCAUUGGUGGACACGCAACCAUUGGCGGUCUGGGACCAACUUCUCGCAUGUGGGGUUCGGCUUUGGAUCACGUCCAGGAAGUCCAGGUUGUACUGGCAAAUUCAACUGUGGUGCGCGCAUCUGAGAGGGAGAAUUCCGACGUCUUCUGGGCCUUGAAAGGGGCGGGGGCGAGUUUUGGCAUCAUUACCGAGUUCAAAGUCCGGACACAGGCGGAGCCCGGCGAAUCCGUCCUCUACUCGUAUAGUAUUCAAGCCGGAAAUGCCGUUGCGAAGGCCAGUGCGUUCAAGAAAUGGCAAGCUCUUAUUUCAGAUCCAAACCUCUCCCGGAAGUUUGCCAGCCAGUUCAUCUUGUCUGAAUUGGGCGUUAUCAUUACUGGAACGUACUUUGGGCCCAAGGCAGAGUACGAUAGUCUCAACAUUUCGAGCAGACUGCCGGCGAAAGACGAGUCGGUGAUUAUCCUAAAGGAUUGGCUUGGCGUGGUCAGCCACUGGGCGGAGGAUGUCGCACUGCAGAUUGGUGGAGGUAUUUCCAGCAACUUCUACUCCAAGUCUUUGGCGUAUACAAAGAACGACCUCAUUCCGGAGUCCGCUAUCGACCAACUGUUCAAUUACGUCGACAAGACAGACAAAGGCACACUGGUGUGGUUCGUCAUUUGGGACCUGGAAGGCGGUGCCACUGAGGAUGUCGCGUCUGACGCAACGGCGUAUGGACAUCGAGAUUCUCUCUUCUACUCACAGUCGUACGCGGUUAACCUAGUUGGCCGCGUGACGCCGAAUAUUAGAGACUUCUUGAACGGAUUCAACAAGAUCAUUCAGGACUCUCUGCCAGGGCACAACCUUGGAGCAUAUGCUGGAUACGUGGAUCCAGCACUGACGGAACCGGGCAUGGCGUAUUGGGGGAAUAACUAUCCCAGGCUUCAACGGAUCAAGGCUUCAGUUGAUCCCAAGGAUAUUUUCCACAACCCGCAGAGUGUGAAGCCU